AUUCACAGAUAAAUCCACUAUCCUGAUAUCAAGCUAGAUUCAUGGAGCAAGUGAACAACAUGAUAGAAUUCAUUCUGCUUGGCCUGACACAGAAUCCACAUGCGCAGAAACUCUUAUUUUUCUUUUUUACACUCAUCUACUUUCUGACCCUUGUAGGCAAUCUACUCAUCAUUGUAACAAUUGCCAGUAGCCCAACACUGGGCUCCCCCAUGUACGUUUUUCUGUCCUUCUUAUCCUUCAUAGAUGGCUGCUGCUCUUCCACCAUGGCCACCAAAAUGAUAUUUGACUUACUUGCUGAAGAGAAAACAAUUUCCUUUAAUGGGUGCAUGACUCAGCUCUUUGCAGAACAUUUCUUUGGGGGAGUUGAGAUCCUCUUGCUCACAGUCAUGGCCUAUGAUUGUUGUGUGGCCAUCUGCAAACCCCUGCACUACACGAUGACAAGGAACAGGAGAGCAUGUGGCUUCCUGGUGUCCAUGGCCUGGCCUGGGGGAUUUCUUCAUGCUCUGAUCCAAAUUCUUUUUAUGGUGUGGUUACCCUUUUGUAGUCCAAAUGUCAUUGAUUAUUUCAUCUGUGACCUUUUUCCUCUCCUAAAACGCUCCUGCACUGACACUCGUGUCUUUGGACUUUUUGUUGCUGCCAACAGUGGGCUGAUGUGCAUGUUCAUUUUUUCUAUUCUUAUUACCUCCUAUGUUGUCAUCCUUUGCUCGCUAAAGACUCACAGCACUGAAGAACAUGGAAAGGCUCUCUCCACCUGUGCCUCCCAUGUUACUGUAGUCAUCCUAUUCUUUGUGCCCUGCAUAUUCGUUUACCUUUGGCCCAUGGUCAACUUCUCCACUGACAAAGCUGUGGCUGUGUUCUAUACUAUGAUAACACCCAUGUUAAACCCUUUAAUCUACACUCUCAAAAACACAGAGGUGAAAAGUGCCAUGAAGAAGCUCUGGAACCAAAGAAAAACUGGAAAAUGGUUCACAUGA